CACCCCGCAACCCCGCACACCCGCUCUCUCCUCUCAUCUCCUCCUCCUGUGUUCGUGUUCUUCUUCUUCUUGUAGCAGCGCUUAACCAACCCAUCAUUAGCGACCAAACCUCUCUCCCUCUCCCCCUCUGACUAAUCAAAAUUAAACAAUUUCGAUCUCCACCUUCCUCUUCUUGAUUCCAGUUCCACCAGAGAGAGACAGGGUCUUCUCUAAUCCAUGUGGUGCUUGUUGGUCUCGCUUGCUUCGUCUUCGUCUUCGUCUUCCUCUUCUCGCACCUAGUCCCGCCUCGUCGCCUCCUCCGGAGACCGGAGCCGGACGGGACGGUUGCCGGCGAGCGGCGGUCGCUUUCUUCUCUCGGCCCUACUCACGUUAUUUUCAGUGACUCUUCUUCCAAACCAAGUGGUAAAGCCAGGAUUCUACCAUUACAAUGACGAUCUGCAGCUGUGAGGAGACGAUCAAUGAGUUUGAGAUGUUAACGCGUGAUGCUGCGCGUGUGCAGAAGGAUACACUGAAAAAGAUCCUUGAGAUAAAUGCUAGUGCUGAGUACCUGCAGAACUUUGGGCUUGGGGGGAGGACUGAUGCCGAGAGCUACAAAUCCUGCAUCCCAUUGUGUGUGCACAAUGAUAUUGAGCCCUAUAUCCAGCGGAUUGUUGAUGGCGAUACCUCACCAGUGGUCACUGGAGAACCCAUCACCAACCUCUCUCUCAGUUCCGGUACAACACACGGAAAGCCCAAGUUCAUUCCAUUCAAUGAUGAAUUACUUGAGACCACACUUCAAAUAUACCGUACAUCUUACGCGUUUAGGAACCGUGAAUACCCUAUUGGCCAAGGAAAAGCACUGCAGUUUGUUUAUGGUAGCAAGCAAGUCAUAACGAAAGGUGGCAUUCUUGCAACAACUGCGACAACAAACUUGUAUAGGAGACAGCGCUAUAAGGAAGGCAUGAAGGAUAUCCAGUCGCAGUGUUGCAGUCCUGAUGAAGUUAUCUUUGGCCCUGAUUUCCACCAAUCCUUGUACUGUCACUUGCUGUGUGGGUUAAUAUACUCAGAGGAGGUCCAUUCAGUGUUCUCAACAUUUGCUCACAGCCUAGUCCAUGCAUUCCAAACAUUCGAGGAGGUUUGGGAAGAUCUAUGCACUGAUAUAAGAGACGGUGUUCUCUCAAAGAAAGUUACAGCACCAUCAAUUCGUGAGGCUGUUUCAAAAAUCCUGAAGCCCAAUCCUGAACUUGCUGACUCAAUAUACAAGAAGUGUAUUGGUUUGAGCAAUUGGUAUGGAGUGAUCCCAGCACUGUGGCCAAAUGCAAAGUAUGUGUAUGGUAUCAUGACAGGAUCCAUGGAGCCAUAUCUGAAAAAAUUAAGGCAUUACGCAGGGAACUUGCCACUUAUAAGUGCUGACUAUGGCGCAUCGGAAGGAUGGGUUGGCUCUAACAUAGACCCUACUGUGCCACCAGAGCAGGUGACAUAUGCUGUUCUCCCACAAGUUGGUUAUUUUGAGUUCAUUCCUUUGGAGAAACCAAUAGGGGAGGAGACAGAAAACUCCGCCUCCAUUCAUUACAUAGAAUCAGAUCCAGUUGGCUUGACUGAAGUUGAGGUCGGCAAAAUCUAUGAAGUUGUAAUAACUAACUUUGCAGGUCUAUAUCGGUACAGGCUAGGAGAUGUCGUGAAGAUAGCACGCUUCCACAACUCCACACCUGAGCUCCAAUUCAUCUGUCGCAGAAGCCUAGUGCUGAGCAUCAACAUCGACAAGAACACCGAGAAAGACCUCCAGUUGGCUGUUGAGGAGGCAUCAAAGUUCCUGGAAGGAGAGAAGCUCGAAGUCAUGGAUUUCACGAGCUUCGUGGAACGAUCAAGCGAUCCAGGGCGCUACGUGAUCUUCUGGGAGCUGAGUGGCGAUGCGAGUGAUGAGGUCUUGAGCAGCUGCGCAAAUGCCUUGGAUCUAGCCUUCAUUGACGCAGGCUACACGGGCUCGAGGAAGAUCAAGACGAUCGGCCCCCUUGAGCUCCGGAUCCUCAGAAAGGGAACCUUCAAGGAGAUCCUAGAUCAUUUCCUAAGCCUUGGUGGUGCGGUGAGCCAGUUCAAGACACCAAGGUUUGUGAACCCAUCAAACAGCAAGGUGUUGCAGAUACUGAGUAGAAAUGUCACCCAAAGUUAUUUCAGUACUGCCUAUGGAUUUUGAUACAAAGAAACAUAUUAGAUGCUAGCAGCUGCAUGUAAUUACCUUUUUACCUCUUGUUUUUCAGCUUUACUGUAGUCUCCACCGGAAGAAAACGUUUGGUUUAGUCUCUUGAAUAAUCUAUUUUCUUAUCCUGUUUGUGACUAUCUAGAAUCUAUGUAAAUGGCCCAGCUCUAGUGAAAGUUAUGGUGAUGUUAUCAGGAAAGAAAAUGUGGUGUUUCCCGUAA